AUGAUAAUUAUGAUGAUGAUCAUGAUGAUCAUGAUGGAAGAGAAUGAUGAAAAAGAAGGAGGAGGCAAAAUUCCAAUAAGAAGAAGAGAAGGAGGAGCAAGUAUUAUUGGCGAUGACGUUAAGAUUACCCGAGAAGCUCAGCAUCACACAUCAUUUGCCACAAGAAUUGGUUUCCAGCAUCCUUUCAAGGUUGCCAGCGAAAGAGUUAUGGAGAUGCAACAAGUUAGCAACCAUAACCAUUCUCAUCUCCUCCUUAUUCAAAGACCUUCACUUUCUAGCAAUAAAACAUUCAUUUCUGUUCUUUCUUGUAAUAAUGCCACAGGAUCCGUUUCUUCUCAAACUCUAAACCUUCCUUGUGAAUACAAUUCAGCUCAUAAAUAUUGGACCGAAAUCAUGGGUCCUUGCAACGGCAUAUAUUUUCUUGAAGGCAAUCCAAAUAUGAUGAUGAAUCCCUCUUUAGGACAAUUCAAGGCUCUGCCAGAAUCUCAUUUCACAACCCCAAUUGGGACAAACUCUUUGUCCGAUUAUGCCGGAUUUGGCUUUGACUCAAAAGCUAAUGACUAUAAAGUUGUAGUGAUCAAGGAUCUUUGGAACAGGGAAACGGAUCAAAGAAGACUUUGGUGUUGGACAGCAGAGUUGUACAGUCUCAAUUUGAACUCUUGGCGAAAACUUGAUGCUCCUCUGCCAUCCCCCAUCGAAAUUUCGGCCUCUUCUCGAGUUUACACUUAUGAAAAUAAUUGUUUUCACAGGUUGGGUUACGUUGAAGAUGAAUUUGGUGAAAGAAAAGAUGUGGUUCUAUCAUUUGACAUGGUUAAUGAAGCCUUCAGAAAGAUCAAUGUACCGAGAGUAUGCGAAUCUUCGAUAGCAUCCCUCGCCACGCUUGUCCCGUUCGAGGAAAGGAGAAACGCUAUGAAUGACUAUGAUGUUUGGAUGAUGAAGGAUUAUUGGGAUGAAGAGUUUUGGGUGAAGCUAUACAGUGUUGGACAUGUUGAAGUGAUUUCAAGGCUUGUGGGAUUUUAUAAGAGUAAUCAACUUCUUUGGAAAGGUAAUGAUGAAAAACUAGUAAUGUAUGAACGUGAUUCCCAACAAGUAAAGGAUCUUCAUGUUUAUGUUAAGAAUGAUUCACUAAGAGCUGCUAGAUACAUGGAAAGCCUUGUUUCACUUCAAAGGGGACAUGAGUUUCGUCGGCAAUGUCUUCUAAUUGAUUGGAUUGGAUCUCGGUGCUAAUGUAAGUUUGAGAAGUAGUGUAUGAAUGCCCAUCUUUAACAAGAAAAUGUAAAAUAAAAACACUUGGUGAAUUUGAUUUAAUUUUUAUGAUUUAGAUAGUAUUUUGAGUCAAGAAUGUUCUCAGUUCCAACAAACAAGCAACUAGAAGUGUUAGCAUUAUCAUGGCUCAUAAUUUGAUUCAAUAUAUCUUUAUUUAGUUGUUGGAGAAAACUUUGGGAUGUAUAAAACCUAUAAAGCACGGACACUUCAUUGAGUUGUCGUGUCUGCGUGUCGGACACAUUUCGGACACGACACUCAUCGACACUCGUCCGACA